AUGCAGGAAAUCCUGGACUCCGCUGAGUUCUUCGACUGGGUGGCGCUUGGCCUGGCUAUGAUUCUGGCCUACAUCCUUCGACAUUACUGGCUUUGGCAGGUCGCAGGGGAGAAGCAGAUGGCCUCGCACGGGGUGUCCUUGUUGAUCUGGCUGGGGCUUGGGGGCGCACUGGCUUUCGCGAUCUCGAUGCGCUUUGGCAAGGGCCAUGGCGAGGAGUGGAUCGCAGGCUACUUCUUCGAGUUUUUCUUCAUGCUCGAAAACGUCUUCGUCUUCCGAGCUGUCAUCACCGCCCUAUCCCUCUCAGAUGCCCUUGUGGCGAAGGUGCUCGACUGGGUUGUGAAUUGUCAGAUCAUCUUCGAAGCGGUCUUUUUUCUGGGCCUUGCUCACCAGCUUCGGGCUUUGCAUCUGCUUCCGCAGGUGCUGGGGUUGGGCCUUCUUUUCUUUGGGCUGCUGACGCUCCGGGAGUCGUUUGCCAAAUCAAAGGCUGGAUCGGGUGUCACCAGCGUGCUGCGGAGCCUCUCCAGCUCCAGCCUUGCAGGAUCCGCAGAUGCCCAAGAUAAUGAAGAUUUCCUCUGCUUCAAAGAGAGCAGGCCGAAGCUGACGAUGGGUGGCACUGUGCUUCUGCUGCUGUUGCUGGUCGAUUUCCUGUGCGAGAUCGAUACUGUGCUGACGAAGAUCGAAGAGAUCCAGUCGCCCUUCGUAGCCUUCAGCUCGUCGGCCAUGGCUGCCUUUGCUUUACCAGAGCUGUACAUGCUCAGCCAGGACCUGCUGUUCCACUUCCCUCUUGUCUGGCACUCAGCGAUGGUACCAGCGGCUGCAGCCAUGAGAGCACCUGCACGGUGUAAAUACCUGCUGAGCGCCAUGAACCACAGCCUCGGCUGCGAAGAUGCACUGUUGCCGGAACCACUGGGCUCCUGGCAGCAUCUGAAGGAGAUUCUCGUGCAGAUCCUCGUGGAACCUCGUAAGGGCUUCGAGGCCAUCAAGAGCAUCGCGGAUGCCGUGUCCUCCUUGACGCCUGAACUGUGCACGUUGGGGCACUACAGCCUGCGCGUGGCCUUUCUCAUCUUCCGAAGUCCCGAAGAACGGCGCGAGGAAUUGGAGGCAGAGGAUCUUCCCUGGGCAUUUGCAAACGCCACCACUAUCUUGAGCAGCGGAUGGCCUGUAUACGGGCUCUUGGGCUUGCUGGCGUACAAGCUUUCACGAGACGGCACUGCUGCGACGGAUCGCUGCACACAGGAGGCCGAGUCGUUUCGAUUGCGCUACGAAGAUGCGAUGUUGCGUGGGGGCGAAGUCGCAUUCAGCUCUGACGUUGAGAACACUGCGGUGGAACUCCUCCGGGGCCUAUCCAGCCAGAACGCCACGGCUGCCCUGAAAGGGGCCGUGGCGACCACGCGCUUUGCCCGCCGGGGCUGCCUCCUGGGAGCCGGGCUUCCCUUGCUCGGCUACGCCGCCUCGGUGUCCUGCCUUGGCCGACGAGAUCCGGGGCUCCUGGGCUUCUUGCAGAAAAUGGUGGCAACCUACGAGGACUUCUUCCUGCGUCCAGCAUCAGGGUCCGACGCAUGCCUCCCUCGCGCCCUCCAUCCUGAGCGCUGCCAACCAGUGACGCAGGAAGAAAGACUACCCAAUUUGCUGUCGGCCGGUAUGUGGGCAUCAGAGUCGCUACAUCUGCUGCAGAGGAUCUCCGAAACCUUUGCACGUGGCAACGACAAGCUCGUCGCUCUUCAUGGUGGUCCCGUCACCGAGACUGGCAGGAAAUUUCUGGUUUCCGUUGACCCCUUCGAGGACCAGUUUCAUGGCUACGGUCUUCCAGCAUUCACAAGUCAUCUUUGGGCUGACCACCGGGAUUUCCGUGUUCUCGAAGGGAUUCGUUGUCCUGACGUGCUGAUUGCCCGGGACUCUUUGCCGGGAAUGCCUUUUCCGGGGGUUCUGGUCUAUGUGGAUCACGAGGCUGGGAUAGGCCCGGGACGUGAUGCUGGCACUCUGGCCGAGGUCCUGGGCAAGUACCAGAUCGUCUAUUUGGGUGUUUUGUCGCCGUUUGCGGCCACCCACUGCAUGUCCCGAUACGGGACAUGGCGCGCUCAGCAGCGACGAGUUUGCGCCAAGGUUUAUGAUCGCGAGAUCUCUGGGAGCGCCCCCAGGGUCCUGUAUGUUCCUUUUGCAUCGACCUCCUUCGCGGGACGGCAGAAGCACACGCCAUUGGAUUUGUCAACGCGGCCGCGUUCACCAGAGCGCAAGCCCUUCCUUCUGGCUUACAUGGCGUACGCCUGCGUCGACCAUCGGGAAAGGAUCUUCGACCUUCUGGUCCAGGCCGCAGCGCAGAGGGGCUUGGAGCCGCCUGUGGCGCUCUCGCGGUGCGCUGGCUACUCCUCGGGUCAUCGGAGGGUGCGGAACGACUCCCGGGACCUGGCAGCAUCCUUUCUGGACGAAGCGGUGGAGCUUCUGCGGCCUUAUACUUUUGCAUUGGUCUUUGAGAACAAGCUCGUCCCAGGAUACGUGACUGAGAAGAUUGUCAACGCAUUUCUGGCCGGGUGCAUCCCCAUCUAUUGGGGAUCCAGGGCAGUUCUGGACAUCUUCAAUCCAAGCUCCUUUAUCUAUGCCAACGACAUACAGGCCGAGGAGCCUGCAGACGACUAUUCUCCAAGCGAUCCACUAGAAGGACUGCACCGAGUGGUGGACCACGUGAUGAAUAUUGCACAGGAUCCUGUGGCCUUACGGAAAAUGGCCUCUGAACCUAUCCUUGAUGCCAGCCGACACCGAAGAUUCUUUUCUUGGCACAGCGCGGUUCGGGAUUGGCUACGGUCUGGAGAUCGCCUACAAUCUGAGCAUCACGAGGACCUCCUACCGGAACGCAUUGCCAAUGCCGUAAUGGCUUUGAAGCCCCGUCGCCGGCAGCUCUGCGCAGACGGUUGGCGCAUCUGCACAGCUGAGCUCUGA